UCAGUUAAAAGCGCUCUCUAGGGCGGUGGUGUGAACUGCUCUGUACUACAGUGUGUCCUGCCACAAAACGAAGAUUUUCGGCACGGUCGCUGAUUUAUACUGGUCUGUUUUGAUCAUGUCAGAAAAAACAGUUACUGCAUUAUUUUUGACGCGGCCGAAGAUGCUCUGAAAAGCGAAUCGGACCAGCACCGGAUUAUUUACAGAAUUAUUUAUAAAGAGGAAACAAACUGGAUAAAAGAAGCAAGAAGGGAAUCUGUCGGAGUCUGUCAUCUGUUUUUUUGUUCGUUGUUUGUUUAUUGAUUAUCUGAAAUAAUCCGAGUUCAGCUCCUGAUUUGGAGAUUACACUUAUUUAUUGACUUGUCAGGUUGAUAAUCCCGGGAUUGACUUGUAAUCCCGUUUCACACCGUCAUGGAUCUGAUGUGGAAAACUCUGCUCGCGCUGUUUCUCUCCGUGUGCCGACUGAAACUCUCAGUGUCCACGGUUUUAGAUUCCAUUUACUGGAACACUUCAAACACAAAGUUUGUGCCCGGGAAAGGCAUCACCUUGUAUCCUCAGAUUGGGGACAAAAUGGACAUCGUGUGUCCCCGACUCAGGCCGGGUCAGAGCGCAAACACCCGUAUGGAAUAUUUCCGCGUGCACCUGGUCUCACAGAAACAGCUCGAGAGCUGCUCGGUGGCAAAGGGCAACGUGACGUUGCUGAACUGUGACAAGCCCGACCAAGACGUCAAGUUCACCUUUAAGUUCCAGGAGUUCAGCCCUAACCUAUGGGGCCUUGAAUUCCUCAAAGGCGAAGACUACUAUGUCAUCUCUACGUCGAACAGCACGUUAGAAGGUCUGGACAACAUGGAGGGCGGCGUGUGCAAAACCAAAUCCAUGAAGCUGGUGCUCCGAGUGGGACAAAGUCCCAGUGACACAGUCUCAGCGAAAGAACUUCCCAAAUCAUUCGACAGCGACCACCAGAGCACAUCGAGCAAAGACAACGACAUGCUCAGCAAAUCCGAACAAGACGGAAAAAAUGGUGAGUCAAUGGGCGUGUCCGGCUCUGAGGUAGCCCUGUUCACCGGCGUGGCCUCGGGAGCCUUCGUCUUGGUUGUUCUCAUCAUCGUGGCGCUGGUGUUGCUGGCACGCCGGCGUCGCCGCAAGAACUCUGCGCAGUGUUCAGCCCCUCUUGCACUGCACCCCAUCCCCAAACGCAGCAACAACAACAACGGGUCGGAGCGCAGCGACAUCAUCUUCCCGCUGCGAGCCUCCGACAGCUACUACUGCCCCCAUUACGAGAAGGUGAGCGGGGAUUACGGCCACCCGGUUUACAUCGUUCAGGAAAUGGAGCCCCAGAACCCAGCCAAUGUUUAUUACAAAGUCUGAAAUAAUCAGAACCUUUGAGCCUCAUCCAAGACUAAAAAGAAGGUCUCAAUUGAGAGCUUGAUUGCUCAGAAUAAAUGAUACAGAGAUAAAUGACUCGUGGAAUGAAGCCGAGAACCGUUCAGGAGCCCCCAAAAGCCCCAGAAUGGUCCGACUCGACAUCUGGGUCGGGGAAUUACGGCUUCUAAAACAUGGACGCCGUGUGAUUUGUAUCAGUCAGGGAGCAAAAGCUUUGAGGCUGAAAGUGUCGACUGAGAGCUUGUGCUCAAGUUUCAGCCUGGCUGUAGAAAAGAAACAUGCUCCUGGCUCACACCAGCGAAUCAGAGACAAAUGACUCUUGGAACGAAGCGAGGACUUUCUCUCCGCUCUCAAGUCAGCGCUUUAAUUCAUUAUGGCAGACGGAGGUGCUACAGUAUCGAUUCAUGACGGCGUUUCGCUCAGGGAAAGAAAACGGAGCCAAACCCGCACUGACGUAUAGAUGUUUUUUAAAAAUAAUCCACAGAUUUACAUCCUAAAAAAAUAAAUAAAUAAAUUACUGCUUCAGGGCAAAAAACUUUAAAGCCACAUAAUCAUUACCUAUUCAUAGAAGGUUUAGGUUUACUUAUCCAAAAUUGUUCUCAGGGCAGAAAGAAUUAUGAUUGGGCAUCUGCAACAACCAAUGAAAUGGAAACAAUGCAGAAAUUGAGGUGUUUUUUUUGUCAUCCUUUUUGUUAAAAACAAUCUAUCCGCACUGCUAGUUAUGCAAGUGUUUCUGCAGUUUUUACUUCUAGAGGUUUCAGGAGGAUCCUCACUGGAUUGUUUUUAGUAAGGAAAUCCUCCCGAGGAACAAAUGGAAGAACUCUAUAGAAAGUUAAAUACUUUUGUUUCUCAGCAAAAACCUAACUAGAACAUUUUUACCUUGCAAAUUCCUGUCACGCGAACUAUUAUCGCAAUUUUUCAUUCCACAUGCAUUGAUCGUUACUCAACUCUAAACAUCUUGUGAUGUUUGGCUACAUCCCGUGAAGAAAAUGUCUUGUUUUUUUCCUCCCCCGCCCUCAAGUUUGAUUUGAAAAUCUUCCAAGCAAGUUGAGCAAGCCACAAAGCUAACCUUAUAGAAAAUAAAUCCUCAGAAUGACUGAAUAAAUGAAUGAAUAAAUAAAAGAUCCCACCAGAUGAUCACCAAAGGUUGAGGCAACAAAAUAGAUUUCUUAUUUUGAUAGUGUGUUUUAGGUUUUAACUUAAACUAUUGGUCUUUUUUCAUUAAAAGAAAUUUAACUAUGAAUGAGGGAAAAAAAUAUCACCGGUAAUAACAACAGUAAUUCGGAAAAUCACUAAACUUGUUUUGUUUAGAACUACAUCACGUUAAAAGAUUUGACCAAACAAUGACUAAAAAUGUUGCCUUAAACCUUUUCUGGGCUAAACAUCAGGAUCAUGCUAAAAUAUUACCUUUUUUGGAGAACUAGCCUUGCUUUUCUGCCCUGAGAAAAGAUUUUUCUCAAUUAAACCUCCUUCAGGCUAUUAUCAACAUCUCUUACCAGAACCAGAACCUUAAAACUUAGUUCUUUAUGGGACAGUAUUAUAUUUGACAUUUGAAGAAGCGGAAGGUUAUGGGAGCAGAUCUUUUGGCGUGUACACCCACAACAAUGCUUGAAUGUUCAGGAAAAACGAGACCCUUUAAGUCUUAUUGAAUUUGCAUCACCAGCCAGUUUGGUUGUCUGGUAAAGCAGCGUCAGCUGAAGAUUGAGUCAUAAAUUUGGACGCCGGCAGAAGCAUGUUGAUGGUAAGGCUGCGGGUGAAAUGUUUUCUACAUCCCAUAAUGCAUAUCAGGUUCCUGCUGGUUCUCCUCCAUAUGUUGUUUCUGCAUCAGGUUGUCUUGACACAUUUAGCACGAUCCUUAGACUGCAUGUGGUUCUGGAUCUUGCUGCCUCUGGCGUCUUGUCAUGUUCUUAAUCAGUUCAGAAAAGACAUGUCUUCUUUGUUUACCCAGAAAUGUAAAUACUACCUAAAGGGUUUCUCUCUCUCUCUUUUUUUUGUUGUAAUAAAUUAUGUCUUAAGUUAUGUUUUUUCUAUAGAUCCAUAAAAAGGAUUGUUUCUUAUUUCCAUCCCAGACCUGGGGUGUUGAUGUCACUGAUUUAUGAAAGUUUGGAAUUUUGUCCCGAUGUCAUUUCAUUGCUCACGCACUGAGAAAAUGUUCCACUGCAGCUGAAUGAAUUAUGAUUGUUCGAUUGAAUAGAUUCAUGAUGGUGCUGCUUCUAAAAGGAGCUUUGUUUAAAACAAAAAAAUAAAAUAAUAAAAUAAAGCUGAUG